AUGGCUACGGCUCUAAAAAAGAUAAGUCCCCAUCUCGAGUGUGAUAUUUGUCAGGAGAAAUACAAACGGCCCAAGGUGCUCGACUGCCAGCACAGUUUCUGCGAGACAUGUCUGGAGCAAUACUACAAUGCUAGGUAUGAAGGUCAACGUAAGAUUCCCUGUCCUGUAUGUCGACGGGAGACGGUACUUCCAGAGACACGCAUUCAUGGCCUGAAAACAAAUUUCCAUUUGAUGGGAAUAGUUGAGGAGGUCUCACUCCAAGAAAAGGUGGCUCGUUCAGUGGAACAAACAUCAUCAGAUCAGUCUAAAUGCCAGAAACACAAGGGUGAAGUAAAAUGGUUUUACUGUGAGACAUGUGAAGAGUUAAUCUGCCGAGCUUGUACUGUAGUAGACCACCGUGAACCAAAACAUCACUACAUUGAGUCUGGAGAGGCUACUCGCAAAUACAAACAGUCACUGACAGAUAUGUUUCCAGAUUUCACCACAGACAUUAAAAGACUUGAACAAUCUUUGGCCACUUCAUCACAAGCUAAGCAGAAGUUUACACAGAAUGUCACAAAGACUGUGAAAGCUGUGAAAGACAAAGCAGAUAAAAUGAGAGCUGAGAUAACAACUCAAGAGACAGAGAUGAUUGAAGAAAUCAAACUACUCCAGCAGGAUCGCAACAGAACAUAUGAUGAGCAUCAAAAAGCAGUCACAAUGAUGCUACAAAGUAAAGAACAUUCCUUCCGUACAGCUCAGGAUGUCAUAAACACUGCCUCAGACACUGAUUUUCUUUCCUUGUACCCUAUCAUCAGCAAAGACUUGAAAUCACUCAAUAGUCAAAAUCCUCUCCAGACUGAUCCCAAGCUUUCAUAUGUUAGUUUCACCCCGGGUCAGAGGAUUGGUGACAUCAAUCUGGGCAAGCUUGAGGUGGAAGCAGUCGAGUGGAAGAUGUGUCAUACGUUUUGUAAAGCUAAAAAGGGACUUCGUCUAGUAAAAGAGUUCCAUAGGGCUUUUGAUGUUACUGCUGCUCAACCUGGUGAGAUUGCUGUGGCAGACUAUGGGAACAACCGAGUGGUCAUCUGCAGCAAUGAGGGACAACAUAGAGGAACCAUUCCCCUAACAUCAGAUCCAUGGGCAGUUGCAGCCAUCCACAGCUCUGAGCAACGCUUGCUUGUGUUGGAUGGAAGCAAGUAUGUCAAGGUGUUCAACAUGAAGGACAACAAUCUUGUUGUGCAGUUCCCAACGUUGCCUAAGAAUCUGGUUGACGAGACACAAGUGGACCUAUGGAGCCUAGCAGUAAAAAAGAAUAGUACAAUCUUAGUGGGUGAUACCAAGAGAAUGGUAUGGACUGAACACAGACCCACUGAUGGUGGGAUCGUACACACCAUACCAGUGCAGACUCCACCUUGCUACCUGGCUGUUGAUGACGGCACUGAUAGAGUUGUUAUCAGUGGAGGUGACACAAAGAAAGUGGAUGUUGCUGAUAGCAAAGGUUCAACAAUCUGCACCAUCCAUCCAGCCAUUAAUGGUAAGCCAGUGUGGUGUCGUGGUGUAUGCUGUGACAGCUCAGGCAUCUACCUUGCAAUGUACAUGUACCAAGUUGUGCCUGGCACUGGUCAUAUUCACCACUAUGACCUAGAUGGCAGGUUUCUUGAUUGCCUGGCUCAGGGUCUGCAUGACCCACGUGGAAUAACAUUCACAUCAGAGGGCCAGCUGGCAGUGGCUGACAUGCACUCAAUAAAGCUGUAUAACAAGGUUUGAUGUCAUCCAACAUGACAUUGACUAGCAAUCAUCAUCAUGAAAUUGUCCAGUCAUUACAGCACCAAUCAACAUUCAUGUCCCAUUCAUUCCAAAUCUCUCCUCAAAAAUCCAAAACACAAACUGCCGAUCCCUCUGAUGUGAACCAUUUUACCGUACAAAUUCUUAAAUAAAUAGUGCAUCAAUUAUAUCAGCCGUGUAAUUCUCAAAUUUCGUAUUCCU